AUGUCAAAAAGUCUUGCUGAGCCAGAAAUUCCUAAUAAAAGAUCAAGAGUACAACUGAAGUUUAGCAAUAUCGAUAUCAAGACCAAGAGAAAUAAAGCGUCAAUGGUUUGCAAAAACUUGCCGCAUAGGCUAGAUCUUUUAUUCUUUGUUACCCGUGCUGGAGUUGCUACUGUAGACGAUUUCUGGGCAAUAAGUAGCAUAGUCUGUACAAUGUUUUUUCAUUUUAUUCUGCUUAUCGUCCUGGAUUGUAUUAUGCUCUUAUGUUGUGAAAGUGGAUGGAUGAGUGUCAUUCCGUUGAUGUGCAAUAAAAGGAAACAUUUGGCCAUUGUUGUUGAUGAAAUAAGGCUUUCUGUUGUGUGUCAAGUGGGAGGAUUCUGUAGUGGUUUGACAUUGGCAAUUUUUGUAAGGUGUCCGUUGGAUGUUUGGGAGUCAUUUGUUUUCGAUACAACAGCAGCCAAAAACGGGAAGGUUGGGCAUUUGGAAAUGGCAGAUUCUGGAAUGAAAGAAUUGGAGACUUUCUUUUCCAUCCUUUUUGAGUACAUGUGCUUUUCAGGACAGUUUGAAGGAAUGGCUCUUCUGUAUCUCAAAAAAAGGCAGUACUGCCUGAAAGAAGACUACUUUGCUACAGUAGAAAUGAUUCUCUGUGUUCCUGGCUCGAAAAAUACAAGUGAUCAGAGCAGAAAUGUGUUUACGAUUGAUCGAUUGGCCUUAUUUUACUUGACAUGUUUUGAUAUGGGAGAAAAGAAUAACAAAGGCGCUAACUUUUUUCCUUGGCUGGUCGCAGGGAUUGAUUAUACAUUUAUGGAAAAAAUAGGAAGCUUCCAAACUAAUUGA